GAGACAGCGGUGGGUAUGUGUGUUGUGUGAGAGAGAGCAGGAAAGGUGAGGGUGUAAAAAGAAAAGGAAAAAAACACACACACUCCAUCAUGGGAACUCGAGUCUCGGUCGCUUCUGCUCAACUGCUCAUCCUGAUGUUUCUGUCCUCUGCUUGCUCAGACUCUCUGACUGAGUUGGCUUUGAUCUGUGCCCAGCUGAACCCUUCACCAGCUCUUCCUUCCUCUGUUCACUCGCUGAGGCCUGCAGACGUGCAUGUGCUGUCAGCACUCGGCCUGUCCGCUUCACACAGGUCUGCUGAAAUUAGGAUUCUGAACAGGCUGUCUGAGAUUCUGUCUGGCUUUAAUCCAGAACUGACUACACUGAUACCAGAACAGAGGGGUUCGCUCGAGGAAGUCGAGGAUGUGAUCGAGACGCUCGACGAUAAUCAGUGGAAGCUGCUGCUUCUCUUCGUGUCGGCGGAUGAGCUCUGCGUCUGCCCGGGCCAGGCUGCUUCAGUGGUCGAGUCGACGGUGCACAGCGUGGAGGCCGCGCUGGAUAAACUGCACGAGAAGUUGGAUCACACUCUGGUUCAUGUUGUGGUUUGGGGAGGCCGAGCUGAUGACAGAAUAUGUGAAUGCAAAGACGGCAUCAGCGCAGACACACAGACAUGGCCCAGACUGGAGAGAGCCGCCAUUAUGGCUAAUAUUCAGGAUCAUCUAAGUGCCCUCCUGCAGAGGCGUCAUCAAUGGAGCGAUGGAAAAAACUUCACUGUUGCGCUGCAAUCCAGUCCAACAUACUUCGAUUCCUCAGAUGAUUCAGUGGAAGGAGACGCGCAGACGCUCAAGCAGCUGUGGAGAAAACUGUUGCAGCCAAUGGCGUCUGAGGUGGAGGGGCAGGGCAUGGCUGUUUCCUGUCCUUCACGCGAGAAGCCGUAUCUUUACACACCGCGUAACUCACCUGUCAUGCAGCCAAAGAGUGGCUCUCACAGAGCAGAAUCACAGACCAUUACUAAAGCUACCAGUUUUCCAUGCACCGUUACAAGUCCGUCUCCCUCAGUCCCCACCUCAGUGCAUUACCUCCGACCUGCAGAUGUCAAAGUGGUGGGAGCAUUAGGAGACUCGCUCACGGCCGCAUAUGGAGCGGGUGCCGGUCAGAAUAACCUUCCUGCCGUCUUGAUCGAGUAUCGUGGUCUGUCAUGGAGCAUCGGCGGAGAUGGAGAUCUCUCAUCUGUGACCACCUUAGCAAACAUCCUGAGGAAGUAUAACCCUUCGCUCACCGGCUUCUCCACCGGGACGGGCAAAGCCACAACAGCGCAGGCGUUCCUCAACCAGGCUGUAGGCGGAUCCAAGAGCAAAGACUUGCUCUCGCAGGCACAAGCCCUCAUCACCAGAAUGACAAGUGACUCGCGCAUUAAUUUCCAAAAUGACUGGAAGGUCAUCACACUGUUUAUCGGAGGAAAUGAUCUGUGUGAACAAUGCAAAGACCCGACCCUUUACUCUGCUGAUAAUUUUGCGAAAAACAUCCGCAACGCUCUGGACGUCUUACAUCAAAAGGUUCCUCGUGUUCUAGUGAAUCUGGUGGAGGUUUUCCAGAUCGCUCCACUGCGUCGGCUGCAUCAGGACACCACGCUCGGCUGUCCCACCUGGGUGGUGCAGAGUGUAUGUCCCUGUGUGCUGAACCCUGCAGAAGGAUCUUCAGAGCUGCAGGCUUUAAAAUCAAUAAACACAGCAUAUCAGACUGCAACGAGAAACCUGGUGGCCUCUGGACGCUAUAACACUCGCUCGGACUUCACCGUGGUCUUACAGCCAUUUUUCAGAAACGUGAUCUUUCCGGUGCUGCCGGAUGGAAGGCCCGAUCGCUCCUACUUCGCUGGGGAUUGUUUCCAUUUCAGUCAGAAAUCUCACACUCUCAUGGCCCGAGCUCUCUGGAACAACAUGCUGGAGCCUGUAAACAGUAAAACCACGUCCGUGGACUUCAACAAAGGCGUGACUAUGAAGUGUCAUUCUACGAGCACCCCUUAUUUCCCGACCACUGGGAACAAAGCGCUGGCAUACGUAGCCACGCCCAAGGUUGCGAACUGGGGCAGUGACUUCUCAUGCACGCACACCGGUCCCUCCGACACUGUGCCUUCCUCAGUUCACAGGUUACGACCCGGAGACAUCAGCGUAGUCGCUGCUGUCGGAGACUCGAUAACCGCUGGUUUUGGCGCCAAAGCGGAAAACAUCCUGCAGCUGCUGAACGAGGAAAGGGGCGUGUCCUGGAGCAUCGGAGGCGAUGAGACUCUGGAAACAGUCACCACGCUACCGAACAUCCUGAAAAAGUUCAACCCGAAUGUGUUCGGCUUCUCGCAAGGACGCAGCAAGAGGCCCAACGGUUUCAAUAUGGCCGUGAGCGGAGCUAAAGCAAUUGAUAUCCCGGGCCAGGUCAGGGACUUGGUGAAGGCGUUAAAGAACAGCACGAGCGUGGACUUUGAGCAGGACUGGAAGUUGGUGACUGUGUUUGUCGGCGGUAACGACCUGUGCCAGUACUGCGAAAACCCGACCUCUCUUUCUCCUAAAAAGUACAUCGGAUACAUCAGGGAAGCUCUGGACGUCCUGUAUCACGAGGUACCCAGAGUGCUGGUCAAUUUAGUAGAGAUCCUCCAGAUUGAGGACCUGCGUAAGAUAAAGUCAAACGCCACAGGAUGCACCAUCUUACAACCGACCCUGUGUCCGUGCUUCCUGCGUCCUGAAGAGAACUCCGUCGAGCUGGUCGAGAUGAAGAGGAUCAAUCGGCAAAUACAGACGGAGACCGAGUGGCUGGUGUUUGGAGGACAAUAUGAGAGCAGAGACGACUUUGCUGUAGUUCUGCAGCCUUUCUUCCAAAGUACGGUGGUUCCGAUGGGAGAGGACCGGCAGCCAGACCUGAGCUUCUUCUCAGUGGACUGUUUCCACUUCACUGAUCGUGGUCAUGCUGAGAUGGCCAUUGCACUGUGGAACAAUAUGUUGGAGCCAGUGGGCAGCAAACAGACGUACAACAACUUCACCUUCGACCGCAGCAAGAUACACUGUCCCUCACAGGAUCAUCCCUUCAUCUUUACCCGAUUAAACAGUUUUAACUCUGAGCCUGUUGACCCAACGGUGUCUAUUCCAUCUUCCAUCUUCCCCCACGGCUCAGUGGCAUCGUGGGUAGCUGCUCUGUUGAUGAUGGCUGGAGCUGUGGUGGGCGGAGUCUUUGCCUGGUUUAUUCUGUCCUGUAGCGAGCGGAGGAAGAAGAAGAGCAGCGACAAACUCAGCUCUGUUCAGAUACAGGGUUCCGAAAGCAAAUUUUAAAUUUUAAAACCGGCACCCAAUUCUAUUCAAGUACAAAGACAAUUCUCGAAAUGAAAAAUACCCACGUGGUUUAUUAUGUAUAAAAUGGAAAAAAAAUUUUAUUUAAUUAUAAAAUGAUUUGUUGUUUAUUAAAGUGAGCUAGCCUAG